AUGGCAAUUAAUGGGAGCAGGAAUUGCUCGUCCAGCAAUGGCGGUCAUCGUCGAAAGAUUGAGGGCACUCUACCAGCAACCUACUUGAAAAGGCUAUAUGGGAGCUUGCCUAGGAACCGAAAGAACCUGUUGACCCAGCUACGCACAGGCCAUACACAAUUGGUUAUUAACCUACGUUUAGGCAUAUCAAUUUCGCGACGACGAUCGCUGUGCGUGCGGCGCGCAAGAAAAAAAUCACUCACAUACUGGUGGACUAUCCGACAUUGA